CUGUUUGAAAGACUGUCAUCCUAAUAUGAGCCAUUGUUGAGAAAUAGAGCACACCUAUGAAAACAACUAAUAUGCUGAACCCUGUAUGAAACAGCUGAAAACUACAUGAUGGAGAAGCUGAAUUGAAUAUGAAAGUGCAAGUCUUUGCCACCGUGGGCAAAGCACGCAACCACUGUGUGAGGUUGCGUUGGGUCUCUUCUGAGCUGAUGAGCAAGCCACACAUUAUCAGAUCGAGAGCUGGCUGAGAACUCAUCAAAGAGAGGGAAACAAAACUAUGAUAAUUAUGAUAACUGGAGUGUGCAGCGUUUCCAUGAGUUCUUUCAGAUGCGCAGCAGUUUUCCUGUAUCUUGACUCAUGUGUGCACAGUAAAAAAUGGAGUGUCAAUAUUUCAGAGUAAACCUAUUUUAACCUAGAUAGAGUAUUUACAACUCUAUGAGGAGUAAACCAGCUCUAACAUGAGAGUUAAAAGUCAGUGUAAAGUUUGUUAGACACUCAGUGAAGACUUAACUCCACACAGUGUUGAUUAGUACCAGUCCGCAGGCGUGUGCGGUCUCAGAGCUCUGAUGCGCAUGGAAUUUUCUCCGGAGAGUUGCCGCAGUCAGGUAAGUGAAGUUAACAUUCCCAUACUGGUAACAUUAAAAGGUAUUUUUAAACUAAAUAGCUCUUUAUAGUUCCACUGAUGUCGAGUGAGGACAUGUUAGCAGCAUUUACCCAUAGGUUUAAUGAUAUUGUCCAGUAGCUACAUGCUAGCAGUUGCUAAAAGUUAAGAUGUUCGUUAUCUUCUCACUGAGUUAAUAUGAACCUAAAACAUUUUAACUAUGUAUUUCUUCUGAAUGCUGUCUAAAUAAUAUCAUUGUCACAUGUCUAAUGGUACAGUUUGAACAACUAUAUUACCUUUUAUUAGUAAGCUAAUAAUCGCUAAUUAGCUUAUAUAAGCGAACUACUUUCAGAAAAAGUAGGUAACAUUACCAUAAAGUUAACUUUACUGGUUUAUAUUAUUUUAAGCAAAUGCCAAAGGCAUACACUAAUUUAGUUUUGCUCAUUAUUUAGUAAGAAAUAUGUAUUUUGUAUAAAUUAACUGAUAGCAAUGUUAAUGAUAUGUUAAGUAAUAUUAGGUAAUGUUUCUAUUUUAUAGAAAGGUUUAAGAGUAUGCAAAAACCAAAUCUCUGAGAGAUGCAACCAGAAGAAACAUACUUGAGGCUGAGAUGACAGAAACACAUGGACAUCUCCCCCUAAAAGCGUAAGAGUGAUGUAUGUGCAGGGGAUUGUUGCUCUGUCUCCAUAUCUGGAAGACCCAUAUUCACAACAUGGAUAUGAACAUUACUACGAUCCAGAGAGCGGUUCAGGAUACCUUGAAUGGUCUUCAACCGCCAUGCAAAGAAAAGCUGCGGAGGAAAGAAGCGUCUCAGUUUGCAAAUCUCCCAAAAUUGGUGGGCCAGGCCAUGGUCGAUCCAGACCACUCACCACUCAGACAGUGUUAUCAGAUGAGGAUGUAAGAGCAGCUAUUGCUCUUUUGAGACACUCUGCUGAUGAAGACAUCUAUGAAAAGAUGAAAGCUACCUUCAUUUAUUGGCAUUCAAUGGUCAACGAUGAAAAGAAUGCAGCAGAUGUCUUCAUAGGCCUGAUGUGGUUUCUGGACACACCAGGACUGAUAGAACAAGAUUUCCAACUCCUGUUUUGUGAGGUCACUGCCAGCAAAUCCUUGGAGAGGUGGCCCAUCAAUCUCAAAGCAAAGGUUGUAAAGGAAAGUCAUGGACUUGUCUCCACCUCAGAGCUCUUGGAGUUAAUGUGCAAUGCUGAGUCAGGCUGGGACAGUGACGUCUACUAUCUUGCUGCUGCUACAUCUGCUACCACCAUUUGCACAAGGGUGAAAGAGACCAGGAAAGAUGUCUGCAUCUCAAGCUGUCGAUAACCUCAUCAAAUUCCCAAAGGCUGGAACCAGUGUACAGCAGCAUCUAGACAACAGCAGUCAGCCCUACCUUCUUGCUCAGGGAUCCACAAGAAGCAGCAUUCACACCUUCAUUGUGAUUGACAAGCAUGCACUUCCACGUAAAGCGACAGGUUCAGUAGGAGCCCUUGAUGAAGUUUUUAGGGCCCAUUAUGUCUUUAGUACAUCAUACAGUUCAUUGCUGACCAACUUUUUUCACUUUUCUGCAAACAACUGUGACAUUGGGGAAACGCAAUAUUGCUUUCUCUAGUGAGCAUCAUAGAACUGUAUGCUAAUGUGAAUUGUAAGGGCUUGUUACGUUAAUUAAAUGACACUGAAAUGAGAAACAUAAUAAAUGCUGUUACUUUAACCUGUAUGUUUGUUGUCAUUUCCAUAAUAUAGGAUAGAUCACAGUUAUUUAGAAAUAUAGCAUCAUAAGAUGAAUAUGAAAAAAUAACACUACAGAGAAAUAAAAAUUAUAUAUUAUUACACAUCAGAGUGUUAUUAUUAAACUAAAUUUGGAGUAAAAAUAGCUCUAUAAAGUGUAAUCAAAUUACUCUGAACAGUGUGAAUAACCCUCAGUGUUAAAUAUUUUUACACAUUUUGUUGUUAAUUUUGACACUAAAUUGAGUACAAUUAACACUGAAAACUUAACACUGGUCAUAGAGUAAAUUUAACUCUAAUUUUGAGUGGGACCAAAUGUUAUCUGAAGCAGAGUUAAAAUCAACUCUCUAAGUGUAAAAUUGACACUUGGUU